AUGUUCAGGACCAAACGAUCGGUGCUGGUCCGGCGACUCUGGAGGAGCCGUGCGCCCGGCGGCGGGGAGGAGGAGGAAGGUGAGCCCGGUGAAACAGCAGCGGACAGCCGGGCGCAUGGGGCUGGAGGCGGCCGGGGCUGCUGCAUGGGCAAGUCGGGGAAGAUCACCAAGGCUCACCUCGGCUCGGAGGCGGAAUUGAAAGCGCUGACCCACGCGGUCCUGAAGAGGCUGAAGGAGAAACAACUGGAGGUGCUCUUGCAAGCGGUGGAGUCCAAAGGGGGCGCGCGGACCUCCUGCCUCCUCUUGCCCGGCAAGGUGGACUCCAAGCUGGGUCAGCAUUGGUACACUCUCCCUUUGCUGCUGUGUAAAGUAUUCAGGUGGCCAGAUCUCAGGCAUUGCUCGGAAGUGAAGAGGUUAUGUUGCUGUGAAUCUUAUGGAAAAACUCACCCGGAGCUGGUCUGCUGCAAUCCCCACCACCUCAGCAGGCUCUGUGAACUAGAGUCUCCCCCUCCACCCUACUCCAGAUAUCCAAUGGAUUUUCUCAAACCAACUGCAGAUUGUCCAGACUCUGUGCCUUCCUCCACUGAAACAGGGGGAACUAAUUGUCUAGCCCCUGGGGGGCUUUCAGAUUCCCAAGUUCUUCAGGGGCCGGGGGAUCGGUCACACUGGUGCGUGGUGGCAUACUGGGAAGAGAAAACGCGUGUGGGCCGGCUGUAUUCUGUCCAAGAGCCCUCCCUGGAUAUCUUCUAUGAUCUACCUCAGGGGAAUGGCUUCUGCCUCGGACAGCUCAAUUCAGACAACAAAAGCCAGCUGGUGCAGAAAGUCCGCAGCAAAAUUGGCUAUGGCAUCCAGCUGACUAAGGAAGUGGACGGCGUGUGGGUAUACAACCGCAGUAGUUACCCUAUCUUUAUCAAGUCGGCCACACUGGACAACCCCGACUCCAGGACGUUGCUGGUUCAUAAAGUUUUCCCAGGAUUUUCCAUCAAGGCUUUUGACUAUGAGAAGGCAUACAGCUUACAGAGGCCUAACGACCAUGAGUUCAUGCAGCAGCCAUGGACCGGAUUUACUGUUCAGAUCAGCUUUGUGAAAGGCUGGGGCCAGUGCUACACAAGACAGUUUAUCAGCAGUUGCCCAUGCUGGUUGGAGGUUAUUUUUAAUAACCGAUGA